CAGGAGUCAUUUCGAAGUGACACAGCGACGUUGGCGCGGCCGGUUUGGGGAGAGUUGUGGACCGAUACGAGAUUCAUCGUGACAACGCAGCAAAGACAAGGACAGGCGAGGACGAUGGGAUCCUGUGGUCCGCACAGGGACUUCAUUAUGGCUUCCAUCCAGAGGAACACAACGGCAGUAAACAAGGUCUUACACAAGGACAAACAUCAAAACGGGCAGCACUGGAGUUUUUUUCACGCUGCAUUUUUCUUGAGGCCUCCCCCCUCUGUUGCAGCAAGAAUCUUUUUGUGGAUUCCAGAUGUCAUGGCAACAGCAUGACAGUAGCCUCAAGCUGCGGCAGUAGUCGUCACUGAUGAGUUCACACGCUCUCUGUUGACUUUGCUGGCGCUGCGACGGACUGUACACGGACACAUGGAGGAAGUGUGACCUCCGGGGGAGAGAGGGUGCAUGUGUCGCCGUGAACGUCUUCAGAACGAUCUUCCCGUUGCUUUGAUUGACUACUGUCUCCAUCCAGCCAGCCUUUCCACACCUGACCUUGUUUCAAUUGGCCUGUCCUGACCCUGGAUGCGAUGUUUGAGGAGCUGACUGACCCGCAGAAAAAGGGGGAAUGGAUCAUUAAAGACGUCUCUUGCCGGUGGUGGUCGGUGCGCGUGGUUCAAAGGUUGCCCCAUUUCUUCCGGGCUCCCUCAGUCCAUACACAGCGGCAGGUGUAGGGUCAGGCUGGACGAGUGACUGACAAAUGCAAGAACUCAGCAUUGACACACAAGGAGGCCAAGCUCAUAAUAAAAUGGAAGCGCUCCUACUCCUGCUCGUGUUCAUCACAGUUCCUGGAUAUUCACACGUAUCACAGCCAAAAGCAAUUGUGACGCAGAUUGCCGGGCUGGACAGAGACCACCAGUAUGAGUUGGAAGAUUAUUUUGUAUCAGCAGAGGAGAGAGGAAAUGGGGGACACGUAGCUGCAGGACUCACUGAGAGAACGGAAGAGGAACAAGGGAGUGAUGGACUGAGUCCAGAGACAAACCCUGUUAGGAAAAUCGGAGAGGAUGGGCUGAAAAUUGAAGAUUUCAUGGACAGAAAUAAAGGAUAUGAGAAAGGAAGGACUGCUGAGAUAUUUUCUAAAAGUACUAUUCCAGGGGAAGGUACAAAAAGAGAGGAAUAUUCUGUAGCUGACAUGGUGGAGGAUAUAGAUAUGGAAGUUGUGGCGGAGAAAAGAGAGGAAGGCCUGAAUUUGGUUCCAAAGUCGAAGAGAGAGGAAAACAUUAUGGUAAAAACAAUACAUUCAGACAACACAAACAACUGGAAAAUGGUCAGAAGUCAAAAUACAAAGACACAAGAGGAAGCAGAGUAUGAUGAAACAGAUGUGAAACUUCCGAAAAGUGAUCGCAUGGAGCAGCUGAGACGAGAAAUAGUGGAAGAGGAGAGAGAAAGCAAGCUGGUUGCAGGGAUUAGUCUUUAUGGGGAGACAGGAGGAGACACUCGUGAUGACAAGAUUAUUAUAGCAGAGCAAGAAGGAAACGAGGAAAAAGCAGAAGAGGGGGAAGAUAGUAAAAAGCAUAAUGAAUUAGUAGAAAGAGGAAACGAGGAUCACAUACUAGUUCCUCUGUUGAGAACAUCAUCUGCUCACAUUGGGAAGGAAUCAGAGAUUGUUGCAACAAUUCAAAUUAUCACCCAGUCUCAAAAUCCUCCUAGUUCUCCUCCUCCUCAUCAUAAUGACCCUCCACCAUUUACGUUUACAACCACACACGUCGUUUCUCCACUCUCCUUCCUCCCUCCCUCCCCUUUCGCCAAAGUUAGUGCUCAGUUCUUUCCUCCUGCUGUCACUAUUUCCAACCCAACAGUCUCCACAGUGGAUCCUGGCGAUGUGAGGUCGGUCUCGCUGCUUGAAGAUCUCCUCACUGAGGAGUUACAGCGUCCUGGCCAGAAUCCCAAGCAGAAUCAACUGGAGGUGAAGGCUAGUCCAAAUUUAGAAGAUGGAAAUAUAUGGUCAAAACCUGCACACAAGGAGCACCAAACCGUGCACAAAGCACAAGAAAUAAACACUGCCGUUCACCCACAGAUUGAAUUUACCCCCAGUGUGCAAGCAGCAUCACCAAAACCCAAAGAAUCAAAGAUUAUUUCCAAAGAUUUAACCACUAAAGAACCAAAUACUAGACCAAAAUCAAAUAAAAAUACAUCCACAACUAAACCGCUCAAGCUAACACAUAAAACAAACAUGACACAGCCCAGAGGCGACCCAGUAUCCGAUAAAGUGGUGGAAAAUGACACCGAACUUGCAGUGAGGCAAAAUAAAGCAUCUCUUCCCCAACCGCGAGUGACCAAACCUCCAGCCAGACCGCAGCCGGCACCUGCCAAAACACCUUCAACGAGGCCAACGAAAAUCAACAGAAAUAGUAAAAAUAAGACAGUGAGAAAGUCCAAGGACAAGAAAAGGAAAAAGGACAAUAAAACCCAAAAGCCACCAGAGACGAAGAAGAAUGUCACCACGCCAACGCACUUUCCUUUCUUUCUGGAUAACUACUGUCCACCUGAGUGUGCCUGCUACGGACGAGUGGUCCAGUGCUCAGACAAAGGAGUGGAUAAAGUUCCUUACGGCAUUCCCUACAAUGCCCGCUAUAUCCUCCUCAUGAAUAACUACAUCAACAGCAUCCAGCUGGACCUGCUCAAGGAAUACGUCUCGAUGGAGUUCCUUGUGUUGAGCAACAAUCGGCUCACAGAUGGGGCCAUAGAGGGAGCCCUUGAGGGGAUCCCAGCUCUGAAACGACUCUACCUGGAUAGGAACCUCCUAGUAAGUGUUCCAGCUGACCUUCCACUUUCUCUUGAGGAGCUUCGUCUGGACAAUAACCAUUUGGGUGUGAUGUCUGAGGCAGCCUGGGCCCGGUGCCCCGGCCUCUUGGUCCUGAGCCUCAGCAACAACAGCCUGGGCAAUGGAUCUGAAUCUCUUCCUAACGCAGUGCUCUCUCCUCUGCGCAAACUGCGCACUCUGAACGUGAAUCACAACCAGCUAACAAUGGUUCCUCGGGUUUUACCGCUUUCCAUCAAGGAGCUGUAUCUCAAAGGGAAUCUCAUUGAGCAGUUUCGUGGCGGAGCCUUCAAUGGGAUAUCAGAGCUCGUGGUCUUAGAUCUGAGUGCCAACAGACUGACAAACAAAGGUCUUCUCAGGGAGUCCCUCCUGAACACAACUCACUUGGAAAGCCUCAACUUGGAAGGGAACAGACUGAAGCAAGUGCCUCGACACCUUCCCUGCUCACUGAAAACUCUAAAUCUGGAGGGAAAUCUCAUAGCUUCCAUAAAGAAAGCAGCUUUCAGCACCUUGAAAAACUUGGAGCACCUGGGCUUGGCUCGGAACAAGAUCUUCAAAGUGGCAUUAGGUGCCUUCAGGACGUUACCCGUCCUGCACCAGUUAGACCUGUGCCACAACACCUUGCGCCAAGUUCCCAGACAUCUGCCGCAGGGUUUGCAUACAGUAGCACUAACACACAACCGGAUUCAGUCAGUGCCUCGUGACGCUUUCUGCUGGGGUAAUAAUAGUCUGAGUCCCAGCAGGCUCAUACAAGUGCAGUUGGAACACAAUUUAAUUGACAUGGGGAAGCUGGAUGCACAGGCUUUUAGAUGUUUACGGGGAUUUCAGGUGGUGCACUUCUAUUGAGCUUCUGAACCUUCAAAAGAAAAGAUACAAGAUAGAUCCUUUGAAGGCUUUAUCAAUAGCAUUUCUAUGCCAGAAACCAAUGAAAGUGACCACCAGAGUAAAAAAAGAAAUAUUUAUUGUGUGUGGAAUUCAAUUAAGUGUGUGUAUCCAACCGAAGCCUCACUCUUUGACUGCUCUUAUGAAUUAAUUCUCCUCCCACAGAUUGUUAUGUCUCAAAGGUUGGAGAACCGCAGAUAACACGGAGCAGGAAUAACCUAACCUAAAGUCACCUUCAACCAAAGUAAUGUGAUGUGCUAUUAAAGACCUCCACUGAUCUCCAUGUUCAUAAUGAUUUGCGUGCUCAUUUGACUUCCACUCUAUAUACUGUAAUGCGACUUGACAUUAAGUUAAUAUUGUAAAUAUUUUAAAUUUGAACGCUCUAUUAACAUUCACAUAUAAAUGAGCUCUGUAAGUUGCUACCUUCCUAAAGCUUUAAGACUAAAAGCCUCUUUGUGUCUGAGUGAAAUGAUCUGAGGACAUUUUUUUCCUUAAAA